UAUUAUAUUAUACUUGUGUUGAGGAAAUCUGUGAUGGAAAAGUGGAGUUUGAUGGCUCAGAGCUUGCUUUGUUAAACAUGGCUUCCUACAUUGUUUCUUAUGACGUCUUGAGGGAUUUUUGUUUCAUUUUCUUAAGGGGGGGGUACAUGUAUCCUAUUCUGUAUCAUAAAUUGAUUCUCUGUUGCAUUUUAAAAGUUGAAGUCUUACAGGCCUACACACUUAUUGCAUGUUACUUUGAUGUUGUGUUGAGAAUGGCCAAAUGAAAAUUACAUAAUGUUGAAAUUUUUUCAAGUAAUCACAUACCACCCAAUAGUUAGCAGUGAAUUUGAAAAUAACAUUAUUGUGACAUCUGAAUACCAAAUAAUGUACUUCGUUCAAUAAAUUUAAAUGUUUCUGGAACACACCCAGCAGACAGUUAUAACAAAAAUUAUAAUUUACAACAAUUAUACUAAACAAUCAAAGACUCAUUUGUCUGCACACGAUGGUUUACAAUGAGAAUCAGGUACCAGAAAAAAACCAAAUAAUUAACAAAUUAAGAGCUGAGGGUUCUGAUUUAUUGUAUCUCUGAAGUUUUGCCUGUGACAUUGACUGAAAAGCAUUGUCUUAACCCUUUAACUCCCAAGAUCUCGUCAGUAAUUCUCCUUACUGUCUGCCAUACAGUUCUUGUGAUGUUAGUUCAGAGAAUUUGGUAUUGGAUCAACUUAUAAUCCUCAAAUUGGUAUUUUUUCUUUAUUCUCAUCACUUGUAUGCUUGAUAUUAUAUUGAUAUUGUAAGGAGAAAUUCUGUCUUGGUCACUCAUAGGAGUGAAAGGGUUAAGAACAAUAUAAAAUUGUACAUGUAUGUCAUUCAAUUGUCUUUCAAAAAGCUAUAUUUAAAUUAUGUUCUCUUUUUUUAGGUGCACUCUAUUUACAUACCACGGUGUCUGGCAAGAGAUCAUGGCUGAUGCACAUGUAUUGGACUUCAAGAGGAUGUUAUUGUACUACCACUGGCGUUUUGCUUGCUGCAGUUUCCUGAACCUUCUUGACAUAAACUAUGAAGAAGGUUUUUGUUGUGCCAUCUGUGGCAAAGAUAACAGUCUGCACACUGUCAUUUGUGAUGCUAAAGCACCAUCCUCCAGACAAGAGCUUUGUACUUCUCUGAAGUCUACUUAUUCAUCACCGAGUCCAUCGACUGUACCACGAGAAACAGGAAGAUAAGUUGCUAUUUAUGCUUAUGAUUUUUUUAAAAAAUAUUUUAUGCAUUAUUUAUUCUAUUAUUUUGGUUCCCAGUAUGAUUCAAGGAGUUCUAUUUUAGAAUGUGAGCAUGAUAUAAUAUAUUAAUCUGUUGAUGCAAAGACUAUGACUUGAUUCAGUUUGAUUACUGAUUAAUAUAAUCAUUUUAAAUAUUUUUAAUCCUUCACCUUGGGCUGGCACCUUGUCGUGGUGGUGAAGCUUGUGUGUCUCAUUGACCCUGCAAAGACCUUGGAAUGAGGUCUUCUUUUUCUGGAUCAGUUGAGGGGUUGAGACCAGACUAAGACCAGCUCCAGUUCCUCCUACAUUCAGUGAGAUGGACUUUUAAUGUGUCUAAAUAUCACCUGUUUUUAUUUGCUUUGUUUGAAGAGAUCUGCAUUUAGGCUAAUUAUUUAAUAUUUUAUGACAUCACUAGGCAUCGUGACAGGGUUUACCUUGCUGAAAAACAUGUCAGGCAGAUGAUGGAUCAAGUAGGCCGUGAUGUUAGCAAGGUUACAUUACACAGUAAUGACCUCUUUACACCUGGAGUUGCAGCAUUGUGCACCUGCCUAAGGUAGUUUUCUUUCCUGGUGCAUUUUAUUCUGUGGAUCUGAUGUCUCUUUUCCAACACCUAUUACUGGACUUUUCAAUGCAUUAGGAAAAGCUUCCCCACUUCUCCCCCAAUUGGACUCCUUGGAAACAUUUUACCGCAGACUCAUUGGCAACGGACCAGUCGAGCAGUGUCCUGAAGACAUGCUUCUACUCCAGCAAACAAACUUAAAACAAGGGAGAGGGAGAUCAGCUUCCUGAGGCCUUGACUGCAUUUAUUACUGACCUGUUGGAAAAAGCAAAGUCUCCGUUCAGCAGAAAUGGAUCAAUACCAGAUGCUGUGCAACUGGAUGUACACCGCACAAAUGAUGUAGAAUACUAUCCUUGCCUGCCUGUGGUAAGAAAUUGUGGUGACUAUUGCCUGGAUGACACAACUCCAAACAUCUGCGCAAAGAGGAGUACUUGACACCCAUCCUUACUUCCUGGAGUUUUCUUAGUGCACUACAAACACGGUACAGUAAUGUUGAGUUUGUAUUAAUAUUUGUAUUAAUUUCUACGACGAACAACAUUACUUCUGAUUUUAAAAAUUGUAAAUUUCAGUUCACUCUGACCCCCAACUAGCUAUUGUUACCCUUUGUUUAUUCCAGAUUAUCCUGACAAGCUCCGGGUUUACGCUCUGCCUGUGGUUUUAGUUAUCAGGCUUAGGUUUUUCUCAACAAAUGUCAUUUUCUUGAAAGACCGAAACUGUUUGUAACGCUUAGUUUUCAGAAGUAUAACAUCUGCAGCUGUCAAGUCAAAGAAUCGCACAAAUUAACUAACUUAACUGUUUUGUUUUGUUUUUUGCUGUUUACUGACUAAAUCGAAGUUUUUCUUACAAUUUAUUGGCUAAAUGGCAUAACGACCUGUAUAAAUAAAGGUUGUUGAUUUCUAUUGUCUAGUGAUGUACCCCAGUUACACCCUCUCUUCAGCCUUCAUUACAUGUUCUUACACAACAUGCUUUCAUGCACUCAGUGUACCCAGUGUUGCUGUGAUUAUGUUUGAAACGGUUUGAUAUCUUCUCUUCUGAUUUUCAUUUUAGGUACAACUUAUGGAUUUAGUGUAAUGCUUUGCAAUGAAUCUCCCAACAUCCCAUUUACAGUGUUUUGAAUGCGUUUCUCAGGAGGUAAGCUCGAUUUAAUGUGCAUGUGUAUGUUGUGGCCUUUGAUUGGAUGCCGUUGUGUGUGAAGAAAAUUUCUUUUUAUUACCUGGGCCCGGUUUGAAGGAUGCAUAACGCUAUUCACCGGAAAAAUCACUAUCCAGUGGAUAGCGUUGUAUGUUAUCACAACACUUAAAGGUGAGUAAUGAUUAAUUCUGUGGAUAGCGUUAUCCACCCGUUGGACAACCGGGGCCUGGUUUUUUGGGAGUUUUUCUUCUCUUGAUUUCCUCUAUCAGAGUGAUUUUAUAUUGAACGAGUCAUAAUAAACAUUACAAUUUUUCUGCCUUUUUUUUGACAGAUCCCUGCCAGAUUGUCUACAACAACGCUUACAAUUUGCGUUCGUGUUGUGAAAUCGGGAUCCUGUCAGUUCCUAGUGGAUCGAUUGCGUUGGCGGAAUCAUACAGGUACGUAAAUCACCCCAAAACUGGCUUUUUUGGUUUGGCCGUCUUUCAUCUUCGGUGUUCAUUUAACUAUGCUCUCGGGUCUAUCCCCCUCCUACUAAUCUAAUGGCACAUUACACACAUUUAUUGAAGCACAUUCGAAGUCUUUAAUCUUAACUUUUUCAGUACCAAUGCAAAGCAAUCGAAACUGUUUUUUUCCUUUUUCAGGUUGCUCUGAUGCUUACAACCUCUCCCGUUAUCCUCAGUGGGACACCUUAAACAGUCAGGCAGCAGAACAAGCCAAUUCAUGCUUGAAGUCUCUUAAAGGAUCCUUGUCAUACAUGAACGAAAAGAACUUCAUGACUCAUUGUAAAAUAUUCAUUUGGUAUCGAAAUUCGCUACGGCGUAAGCAGCUCGAGUCCCAAGGUGUAGCAAUGUAACAGUUUCAGUGGUUAUACAGUUUUAGAAACCGGAAUAAAUGGUAGAAAAGAACGCGGUGGUUAAAGUAAAACAGUUUUUAGUGGUUUUACAGUUUUAGCUAGUUUUAGCGUCAAGUGCCCGCUGAAGCCGUCGGUUGAAAAUCAGAUCUUUCGCCUUAAUUAAUUCGACUACUUUGAACAGAUCGGCGGCCGCUGUGUAACGAAUUGUCUCUAGUUUGUCGAUACAUUUCAAGCUUUAUCUUGAAUGAAAAUUGACCGUUAUUUAUUUUAGCGUGGUAAUACAGUGUGGAUUUAAAUUAAUUUGAACAGGCUGUCCAAUGCAAAACGGCCUGUCUUAUUUUAUUUCGAACAUUCCCGCCCUUUUCAAUUUCUUUCUUGUCUGCAUCUUGAAUGAAAAUUAAUCGUUUUGAAGUUUCUUUCAAGUUUGUUUCAUUCGGCGACUGUUAGUUGGGAAUUUGAGGCUUCAUCUCAUAAAGUAAUUGAUCUCUUGUUUCUGUUUAUUUUCACAUUUCGGCAUUUUCUCGCGCUGCGUAGAAAUGAUUUGAUUUCUUACAGUUUCAAAACUGGUUUCUACUCUCUGUUUUGUUUUGAUUUUUACGUGUUUUGUCUUUUGUUGUUGCCGUGAGCUAAUUUUGAACAUCUUGAGUUUAACUGAUUGCGUCUCAAGAUCAUUUGAGGUGCCAUGGGCAGAUUUUGCUUUGUCAUGAAAGUAUUUAGUUUAACCGUAGGCGACUUUAAUUCAACACCGAUGAUCCAAUAUAAACUGUACUUUUAAUAUUUCAGCCGCUUAUUUACCAGAAUGGAAAAAAUAUAUUCUUAAGUGCAGUAAACAACACAUAACCGUGGAGCUCCGCUUUAAGGCUUGCCUAAAUAUAUAUAUUAACAAGACUAAAUGAUAGAAAAUAGUUUCUUGCCUUUUGUUUCCCUUUCUUAUCUUGAUCAUGAUUAGUAACACUUGACUGACUACAAGGCUGUUCAUUGCAAUGUAAAUGAUUUUCUUAAGUCGGACAAAGUUUCGAUUGUUUUGUCCGCGUAACGUCAUUAUUCCGGUUUAUUCAGAGUAAUUUAAACAUACUUAUCAAAUGAGUUGGGC